GUGGGUUUCAGACUUGAGUUGUUUGAUGACUCUUGAGAAACUGUUUGAUGAGUAGAACUUUCCUUUACUGAACCUAGUCUUGGUACACCCUAAACAGGCAAUAAUACCCACUUACCUUGUUUGUCGUCCACGGUGAACUAUGUAACAAAGAGUAUCUUCACCAUGGCUUGGAGACGAAAUCACUUCCAAGGCCAGAUUGGGAUCAAUGAUACUUCACUGACAAUUGCCAUUGAAAAUAAAAAUUUUGAAGCUGCAGAGAUGAUUAUAGAAGCCACCGUUGAUCCAUCCUUCCUGAAUGAUGGGCCUUAUGAGAACAUCCCACUUCACAUGGUCCUCACCAACAAUCACCACAUUGACCAGAGCCGUAACUUGAAAAUUGCAAAAAUGCUCGUCCAAAAAGGUGCAAAUCCAAAUCUUCGGAUACCUUAUGGGGACAUGGACAGAGCAUCACCCAGUCCUUUUGAAGAACUCGUAGUAUACUAUGAAGUGCUUAAAUCUUACGUUGAUGGUAAUUCUGAAAUUUUCUGUGAAGAAUUAGACAUGUACUUUGAAUUAGAAGAAAACAAAUUAGAAUUUUUGACUGAUACAGUUGAUUUUGAUGGUGAAAAAUGUAUGCCUAACAUUGAAAGUUGUCACAAGCUAAUUAAGCAGACAAGUGAUUUAAUUGACGUGUUUUUAGAGUAUGGUAGUGAUCCUAAUGUCAUCACAACAUUUGCCCACAAAACCCUUUUCCACUGGGUGACUGAACAUGAGGAUAUAGUGUUAGCAAAGCGUUUUUUAGACUCCUGCAGAGUUAAUUUAAAUCUCUGUGAUGUUCAUGGCAACUCACCAUUGAUGGAUACCAUAUUGAGAAAUGACCCAGAAAAUUCUCUUUGUUUGUAUGAGGCAAUGUGUGACACUGUAGAUUUUAUUGAUGUAAAUACACGCAAUUGUUGUGGUGAAACUGCCCUCUUUAGAGCUGUGUUUGUUGGAGCAGUGGACAUAGCAUCCAGAUUGUGUGAAUAUGGAGCUCAGACAAAAACUAAUGUGUGUCUUUCUAAAAUCUCAGUAUCAGUGUCAUUUCCCGGUGACUGUCUUUUGUGUGCAGGAUAUUUCGUUCAGCAGGUCCCCUUCUUAACCACCCCUUUAUUAGCUCCUCUAUUGGCUGAUGCUCCAAUUAGGCUUCGCUAUGCUCAUGUCUCCUCACAAGACACUGUCUCCACACAAGACUGUAGAACUAAGAUCACAUGCCCUCAUAAACAUCUCAUUGACAAGAUUAUUUCAUCCUCCAUUGCACCUCUAAUUGACCUUGGGUGUUUCAAUAACCAGACAGUUGCAACUGAGAUAAUUUCUCUCUUGACAAAUGGCAGUUUUACUAAAAGAUGGGAGAGUUCAGCCUACUGACUUAAUAACCUUAAUGUUUGGGCAAGUGACUGCAGGUCUUCAGCAGCUAUGUAUUAGGUCUAUUUUUGAGUAUGUCUAUACCUCCAGAUCGGAAACAACAUAUGCCUGAUUGGAUUCUUCAUGAAGGGGCUUUUGUUGAAUCUUGUAAGACAGAGAUGAUAGAAUCACUUGGUCUUCCACAAUCCUUCAAAAUAUUUUUAGAAAUUGAAGCUGCUAAAUAUGAAGUUUGUAGGUUAAUCAUGGGCCUUCAAAGUGUUGAUUGUUAAUCGCAUGUUCAGCGUCAGAAGAAUCGAUGUUUGAUGAUGAUGACGAUGACGAUGAUGAUGAAUCAUACGAUACUUCAAUAUUCUCAUCAGAUUAUAGAGAUUCUCUUCUCUUCUUUUCGUCUGACAUGCUGAGUGAAGAGUCAUCAGAGGAAGUUGAAGACCUCUCUGAUGAAGAUCUCUCUGGAAGUGAAGAGGAUGAGAAAGAAAAAUUAAAUGAUGAAACUAAAAAAGAACAUGGGGAAGUAUGUCCACAGAGGAAAGUAAAAUGUGAUCUUGAAAACUUGAAUUCAGAUUUAGAAAAUAUGAGAGAUGUAGUUGAGUCUUUGUGUGAAGAUGUGGCUGAAUCUGUAGCACAUGAAGAACAUACAUCAGAAUGCUGUGAGAAUUACCAAAGAUUCAAGAAUGAAUCUACAACUUCAACUGAAUCAGCUGGAGAAUUCACUGCAAGUGAACCUCUGUCAGACUCAUCAUGGUAGAAACAGGUAUUGGGUAGAAAAUAUGUAAAUGAUUUAGUCAUUGAAACUUCUACUAAUUCCAGAACACUGAAAUAAGGUUACAUCUUGUAGUUACUGUUAUCAGAACUAUCCUGGAUUUUUCUGCAUCCUAGGAUAAUAGUAAGUGAAAAUGCCAUACUGAUUUUUCUUGACGGAAAUAAAUAUUUGUACUACACAUAUAUACCCACAUCCACUUUAUAUAUACUGUAUGUAUAUCUGUAUACACACACGUAUAGCGCCUAAACUUAUGCAAGGGAUGUUCAUGAAGAGCCUCACACAUCAAACUUUACUUCUCGUAGUAAAAAAAGGGAUUGCAUUCCUGGGUGUCAAGAACUUGGAACUACAUUCCUUAAAAUAUCACAGCCUUUUAAGCAAUAAAUACAUUAAUACAUACAUAUAAAAGUUUUAAUAAAUGAAUGUUACUUAACCCCAUACACUACUGUACCUUACGUACUAAACAUGCUUAAGUGGAAAAUUCAUAUAAAUUGGAUUAUUCCGAUGCUGAACUGUCUCCUGUCAUUCAUACCGUGUUUUUAUGCAACUGUGCACAGUACCUUUUCAUCAGUAUUGUAGGGAAAUCACUUUUUGUAAUUUUUUCCCAGGAGUAAAUAUCGUAGUCAAGACUGGAAGUGACUCUUGCCCAAAAUUGAAAUCAUUGACUCGGUUGUUGAAGUUAAUGCAAUCCAGCACUCACUUUACAGUACUGUACUGUACUCACAUGGCCACUCGGGGAAGCUAGUACAGGUAUUUAGUACUGAUGUGCAAUGAGCAAUUAUUUCACAUAAGCUUGCAGACUUAUUAGACACAGGUUGUCAUCCAAUUUUAUUUGUAUUUCAUUAUUUUUUUUCAGAAUUUAUUGCAUGAACAGUAUUUACCUGUAUCGUACAGGUAUAUAAAUUAAAAUAGUUUUUUUUUCAUUGUCCAAUACUGGUACAAUACAAUAUCCCAAAUACUGUACCUCAAAGAAUUAGUGAAACUGUGUUGAAAGAUUGUGUGAAAUAUGUAAACACUGUGAGCACCACUAGACUGACACAAGUGUUGGAAGUUGAAAUCCUGACUCGCAUAUAUAAUGGAGUAUGUACAGUAGUUGUUAAAUUUAGUGUUUGAUCGUAGAAAUCAAGGGCCCAUAUUUCUUCUAAAUUUUUCCCUAAGAUAUUAACUUCCAUUUUGAUGGAAUUCUCUAGGAGUGUAAUCCCAAUGGAAAUUUAGUGUUUCUGUGUGUGUGUGUGAGAUGUUAAUUAGGGGUAAUAAAUUGUUUUUGUCAAUUAAGGACAAUUAUUUCUUUUACCUGUAGUAUUGUAUAUGUUUUGUGGGUACGGAGGAUUGAAAGUUAUACUGUACAUCUAAACCAAAAUCCUCAUUUUGUGGAACCUAUUGAAUUUUUGGUUGACAGAGACACUAUUGUAUAGCAAAAAGAUUAUAUAUUUAUAUAUUCUUUUAAUGAUUGUAGUACUUUUGUAUGACAUGACAUAUGUACAUUGAUAUCUGUGAUCAUUUAUUUUGAUGGUAAACAUUAGUGAGUGGUGAAUGCACAUGGCAGUGGUAACAAACUGGAUGUACAGUACUACCAUAGUCACAUUUUUAUUACCUAGGCAAUGGAACUGGUGACCCAUAUACAGUCAACAAGUUGAUAUGUUGACAAUUCAGUGUUCCCAGGAUCCCUGAUAUGUGAAUAGAACUAAAUACCAGAAAGUAGUCUUUCACCCAGGUCAUCUUUAACACCUGAAAGGAGGUACAGUACUUGGAGAUAUAUCAGUUUCUAAUUCAGCUAAAGCUAAGUCCUCACUUGCCACAGUAACGUGCAUGCACUCCACAACCCUUGUAACAUUGGCUAAUUAAUGGACAUCGCGCCUAAUCCCGCCUGGUCAUGUAAUAGCCAAUUACUGCCAUACUUCAAUUAUAUUUUUUUACACUUUUAUCAGGGUUAAUUUAUUGUUUGUCAAACAAGGCAUUAGGGUAGUACAUUAUGUAUUAGAAAUGUGUUGAGAUUGUUUAUGUUUGUGAACUAACAGGUUGGUACAGUAGUUUUAUGAUGGGCUUUCAUGUGAGGCUAACAGUACACUACCCAUAAAACAGUGAUGAAUGAUGACAAAUGGCAGGGGUCCUGAGAACUUGAGAUUUCAAACUCCAGUACUAUAUACAAGUCACCUGAUCCUUGGUUGGUUGUAAGAUGGGAUAUCAUGAUCAAUCUUUCAUUCAUUUUUGUACCCCCAUGAUGUGUAAACCUACUGUAUUAGCUUUUUACAGUCAUAAAAACUACUGUCAUGUACUGUAUAUAAUAAACUUGGUGAAUUAACCAUUGGAAGGGGAAGUAAUAGCUGAAUCAAGAUUGUAUUUGGUACAGAUAGUAAAGUAUAGUUUUAUUAGUUUUGUUCGUAAAAUAUUUAUACAUACAAUUAGUUUUCAGAAUAAAAUGUCAUGAUUUACAAUAAAGAAAAACUUGAUUCCUAAAAGUUAGUCAUGAAAAGCACUUUCUCCAUUGUUAUGUGAAGUUGCAGCCACUUUGUUCAAAUUUAUAAUAGGUGUACAGGUACGGUUACUAAUUUUAUGGCCUUAAUUGAAAACACACUUAGAGCGCCUUAUAAAGGAACCUUUGUAUUAUAACUCGCAUUCAUUUUUGAAGGUUUAUAUUAUUUAGUCUCGUUAAUAUGCCUCUUAUGUUAUUAAAAUGAGACGAGUACCA